AUGAGCAGUGACCAACAACCCAAGCCCAUUAAAGGCAUUCUCAAGAAACCUAGUCAGUCCCCUACUGAUAGUCAAGAAACAAGUCGACUUAAAUGGGACGAGGCCAAUUUGGAGUUGAAUGAAGAGCAAAAGGAUUCCACCAUGAAGAUUGACGAGCCCAAGACACCUUAUAUUCGAUAUGACCCAGAAACAGAUCAAGUACUCAAUAUGGGUGAUGUCCAGUUUCGGAAUGCACAUGAUGAGCCUGAGGAUUUUUCGUUGGACAAUGGUAACGAAUCAGAUCGAUCAAGCACAUCCAGUAGCAAAAAAGGACGUCGCGUGUAUCUCAGCGAUGACGAUUGGGAAUCGGAUGAUGAGAAUCAUGAAGAGAGCGAACAAGCGAAAAAGCAACACGAGGAAUUUGCAAAGAAACGGGCUGAGCAUUACAACAUGGGCAACGUGCUUCGUCAACGGUGGGAUCAAGUAGAAGAUGAUGACGACUCUUCCAAUGCAGGAACCAAUAACCAACCACCACCUGUCCCACCACUUCCGCGGCAACGUAUCGACAAGAUGGAAGAAUAA